AUGGAUCGGAAUACCACAGACGAAGCUGCCGCGAACAACCAUAUCCGCAACUACGCAAUCGACCGCCACGUCGAAGUCGUCUUCACGAAUGGAUACAAGUACGAGGGGCAACUUGCACGUAGCUACACGUCAGGCGAUCCCGUCAUCCACCUUCGUGAUGUAAAGGUCAGCGACACUUUGGGCGCUGUGGUCAUGACACACGUCCGCUCCUCUCUAUACACCGACCAUUCCGAACCAAUCGAAGACAUCACGAUCCAUUGA